CGCGGACUAACCCGGAAAUGCCGUCGGUUAUUCCAGAUUGAAAGUGCUGUUGUAGAAAAUGAGAUCUGAAACUCUGUGUGUUCCGGCGACUAGACUCUUCAACCGUAGAAUAUUGUUUAGACAAAUGGACGUAAGAAGUUUACAUUCUUUCAGUUGGGGACUCGUCUGAGGGGAGACUCUUCUCUCUUAGAACCAAAGAGAACAAAGACCUGUGGGGCGCACUGACGAUCGGUCACAGACCUACAUUAAAAGGGAUGACAUCCUCGUGUCGGGGGAGACGGAGGAAGACUGUGUAAAAGCAUCUGUGAUAGUUUGCAAUGUACUUGCUGAAACAGGUUUUAAAGCCUCGAAAGAGCACGAUAGGCACCUGAGGGGUCUGAUAGAUCACAAAGCUCCGCCAAACACAGCAUUGGAGUGGACUGCGGAAGCAGAUGAACAUUUCAAUGCCUCGAAAGCAGCCAUCACAACCCCACCAGCAUUGGACCUGCCGGACUACACCAAGCCUUUUCACUUGCAUGUUAGGGAGACAGUGGGUGCAGCUCUAGGGGUCCUGUUGCAACUUCAUGGCUCAACAUAUAGGCCAGUUGCAUGUCUUCGUGCUGUGGCUGCAGCUGCUCUGAUUGUACAGAUGGCUGAGAAAACUGUGCUGUCACACCCUUUAAUAUUAUAUGCAUCCCAUCAGGUAGGAGCAAUUUUACACAACAUACAAACACAACACAUGACAGCGCAACGACGCUCAGGUUACGUGGCUACUCUGCUGGCAAUGAAAAAACUUAGCAUUCAAACUACAGCAAACAUUAAUCCUGCUUUGCUGGGUAUUUUGGGUAUGGUAGACAUGGCAGAUUUUAAUGUUGAACAUGACUGCAUCUUUGAACUGACCACCUCUUACUCUUCUAGGUUCGAUCUGUUGGAUACGCACCUAGAUGGGGGAGAACAUAUUUAUGUUGAUGGGUCUUGUUCAAAGCCCUCUGACGGUGUCUACCUUUGUGGCUAUGCUGUGGUUUCCGAUUCAGGAGAGGUUAGAAGCCCACGAGAAGAACUGCCUCAAGAAUAACACCACAGCACACAAGCUCGUCUGCCUGACACGGAGACUCAUGACCUGCACUCCUGCCGCCGUUGCUUAACACACGCUACUGCCAUCUUUGACCACCAGAUGGCAGUAAAAUUACAUUGUAGAAAGGUUUUAUUGAAAUGUGCAAUUCGGUUUUCAAGGCUUCAUUGGUCUUGUAAUUGAACAUAGUGACGCAAUUUGUUCAUAAGGGAUUGCAAAAAAUAUUUAAUUACAUCCCUGUAUGUUAUUUCAAAUAGUAUAGUCGAAUGUUCUUUCAAAGUUACAAGCUACAUUUGGCUUGGUAAAGUCCUUUAUAAUUGAUGACAAUGUGGGGGUUUAGAGUGAUGUUCUCAGCCAAUCUGGCAACCCUUAAAACUCUGCUGUGUGUUUUCCCACAUGUGGGAGUUGCGUGAAAUCGGACACUUUUUUGUGCGCUGCAGACGAUACUUGAGCGGAAAACACACAUUUUCUUUACACGUAAAACGUCAUGUAACUCUUGCGUCCAUAUGCAUCAGUAUUAAACGCGGAGUAGUCGUUCCAGUGCAGCGCGUGGAUUUAAAGAAGCCGCGGGAUCAGCAUCACUUGUCUCCGUUGGUUGUGAAUGGAGAAUAAGGCAAUGUACCUGACCACCAAUACCAAUGAGGAUAACAGCUCGUUAUAUGAGGAGGGAUAUGAGGGGAUGAACCUGUCUAAACUCAACCUCUGUGAUGAAGCAGGUUCAGCACAACAUUCAUGUAGAAGAAAGGCGGAUAGUUGCUGUGGUCAGUUGGGUUCCUUCACUGCAAUCAAAUAUGCCAUUGUGUCCCUUUACAUUCUUCUACUGCUCACUAUAUUUGGGCUCUUCAUAGCAGUGUCAAAGUCUCGGGAAUCCUCGGAGAGGCAGAAGGCUCUGCUGGAGAACGUGACUCAUCUGGGAGAGCGCGCUGAGACCUUGCAGAGAUCUCUUAGCCAGCUUCCCUCUCAGAGCGACCUUCUGGAGAACAUCUGGAAGCUAGAAAACCUCUUCAACAACCAAAGUGAACAGCUGCAUCAACUAGGUCAGCUGGCGCAGGGCUUGGAGCGGGACAUCAGGGCCCUACAAACCGUCUCUGAAAACACCUCCGACUCUGUAGCUCAGCUAUGGGACCAUCUCGCCAUGAUCAUUGGAACUAGUUCAAGGAACAGCAGCAGUCUGGGAGAGGAGUUAACCUUACCUACCGUCUCUAUACGAACCCAACAUGAGAAGUUACACACAAUGGAGCUAAACGUUGAGACUCUGCAGGAGCGUCUGGAGGAGGUCGGCUGGGCGAUACAAACGUUAAAUCAUUCACUUGGUGGAGAUGUUAGCCUGCACCAGAUGAAGAUCGUUGAACUACAGGAAACGAUUGGAAAUGUAUCCCAAGAUGCCAGAAGCACAAGAAUCACACAAAUACACCUUGAGGAACAGAUGAGGAAUGAGAUUGAGAUUCUCAAUGUCGUCACAGCAGAUCUGAGGCUGAAAGAGUGGGAGCAAUCCUUGACCCUCAAAAACUUGACUGUAUUAGAAGGACCCCCAGGACCAAAGGGUGAGAAGGGGGAUGUGGGGCCGCUGGGACCUGCUGGUUUUCCUGGUCUUACUGGAACAAGAGGUUUGCCAGGGGUGAGGGGCAUUCAGGGUCCUCGGGGACUGGCUGGACAAGGUGGUAAGGAUGGGCAAGAUGGAGAAAAAGGAGCUAUUGGCCCUGAGGGGCCCAAAGGUGAGAGGGGACAGAAAGGAGAGAAGGGCGAGCGAGGAGACAAAGGAGAGAAGACAGCUGAAGAAACUGUGGUGAGGCUGGUGAACGGCUCAGGCCCUCACGAGGGUCGAGUUGAAGUCUUCCACGAAUCUCGAUGGGGGACGGUGUGUGAUGACGUUUGGGACAUAAAAGAUGGAGAUGUUGUGUGCAGGAUGCUGGGGUACCGUGGUGCAAAAGAAAUCCACAAAACUGGACGGUUUGGACAAGGCACUGGUAUUAUCUGGAUGGACGAUGUUGCUUGUGUUGGUACAGAGGACAUUAUUCAGCAGUGCAAGUUCUCCGGCUGGGGCAAAACGAACUGUGGUCAUGUAGAGGAUGCUGGGGUGACCUGUAUCGUGUAAACUUUUGAAAUCUCCAAAACCCUGCCGACGGUGGACUGUGAACCUGUUAGAGCUCAUUGAUGUGAAGGAAUUGCAGUCAGAAAGCAGCAAGUUGUCCAUCUGAACAUCUGACAGUCGGACCUGUCAAAAACUACAACACAUGAACAGUCAUAUCUAUCACAAAGAACCCCAGUUCAGCUGGUCGGAUUCUGUGUCCACUAAUGGUCUAUGCUUUGGUUUGUAUUUGAUUUGUCAUUUUUUUACAUCUGUUUAUAAAUUCCAAAGAGCUUCAUGGACUGCCAUUGUAAUUGAUCAUUUUAAAUGAGGAGCUUUCCUGUGGCUCAGUGGUAAGAGCAUGGCGCUUACAAUGCCAAGGUCAUGGGUUCGACCCCAGAGAUUGCACAUAAUUAGAAUCAAAUGUAUAGUAUAAUGCAAUGUAAGCUGCUUUACGUCUGCCAAAUGCAUUAAUGUGAAUGAGUUCAAAGGCUUCCAAAUGUGCCUUUCAUCUGUAACGGUGAUCAUAACGCUCAUGUUUUAGCAGGAUGAGCAUUCAAACACAUUCUCAGUCUGAGGUUCUAACAAGAGCAUUAAGUCUAACAAAUAACAACAGUUUGUACAUCAAGCGUUCAGUAAGUCAGAAUUGUGUAUAAGGCCCGCUACAGAACUAGCCAUCUUGUAAGAUGCUGUGACAAAUAACCCUUCGAGACACGGAUCUAAUAAACUUGGGUAUGGCAUGUAUAAAACUGAAUCAUAGGCUGCGAUGCAAGUUACCAAACAUCAUCAGGGUGCAUUAGUUGAAAACAAACACAGUAACAUGAAUCUCACUUCAGCAGUGCAAAAAAAGAGGUGGCGGCUUAAGGGAACAGUCAUGCUAAAUGACUUAAAGUGCCAGGCUGUCUUGAUCACAAGAUCAUGACAAUGACCAUCUUUAAAUCUCUCUCACUUUUAGGGUGCCCACCCGUCCCGCGUUGCGCGUGCGCGCACAGCGUUUGAAGCCCAAUUCAUGCGUCCCGCAAAUUGAGACCGUGUCACGCAUAAACAAAGCUUGCUCAAAAAAAAGUUGGUCGCUCUAUAUCCUCGAGCCCCAGGCAGCCAAACGAACAUUACUUGACAGUUCAGCACGCUACUGUUGCCACACCCACCCCUCAGUUGAACUGCUGACUAGGUUGUUCCGUUGUUGUUGUCAUGACAGCGCGAGCACAUGCACACAGUAAGAAGGAACUUUUAGAUGCGCGCUCCAAUUUGAAAAAUGGAGAAAGAGAGUCUGAGCCAGGGCCGAUUCUAGGUUUUCAAUAUUAGGGGGGCUUAGCAUCCAAUGAGGAUAUAUAUAUAGAGAGAGCCACACUCUAAUCACCACAUAUUGUAUACGUUACUAAAAUAAAUAAUUAAGAAAGAAUAUGCAGAAAAGCAUAAAUACAAGUUAUUGUUAUUCAAAUGAAUAUCACAUUAAUCGGUCAAUCUGCAACAUUUAUAUUUCAAAGUGACAACAACAACAACAGCCACAAAUCCAUAAAAUAAAAUGUCACAAUCAACUGCUGAAUCAUUAUUUAGUAAAAAUAACUUAAUAUGUUUCCCUGCCAUUCAUUCUGUUUAGCAUUAGCGCUGUCACUCUCUCUGCAUGACUGUGUGUUCAUCUAUUACCUCCACAAUAUGUUUUCAAUUAAUGAUAAAAAUACUGAAGCGUCUGAAAAACGACAUAGAGCUUCUGUACACUUUUAUUUCCUCUGAACUCAGAACAUUGAAUAACACUGCCGCACCGGGCUGAUCUACAGUAACUCUUAUCUGCUCGUCCUCUUUCCGGAGCUGUCAAAACUACCGUCGACUCUCUAUAACUAUAGCACAUCAUCAUUAAUGACACUUUCUGUGCGCUACAAUAUCAUCUUAAUCGUCGAGGUAUGCCGUCAUUGGUGUUUAGUGCUUUCAUUUGGCUUGAGGUAAAGUUAACAAAUAGUUAACGAGGGGUGAACGCACAUAAAACUUUUAAACAGUGAAUGGGAAAGGGUCAUGUAUCGCUUCCACAUCAUAUUAAGAUGCAUUUAUAACAAAGAAUAGCAAAAAUGCAGAUGUCAUGUUAAUGAACACACCUUAUAAAGUUACUGCUAAUGAUUUUAACUCCAAUGUGGUGAUGUGUGUGAACUGAAGAAUGCGCUAAAUAACGCAGCCUAACGCCGUUUUCAUAAUAAAAGUUUUAAAGGGGGCUAUAAAGCGAUCUCGAAUUCUUGUGCAGAUUACAUUACACACAAUAUUUUAGGGGGGACUGAGCUAGAACUUUAGGGGGGCUUUAGCUCCCCUAAAAAGGGCCUAACAAGGCCACUGGUCUGAGCCAUUAAUUAAAAAGAGAAGGUGUGGGUACAAGAAAGACUGGGAAAAUGAAAUAGCUAAAGUAAAUCGUAAGUGGAAGUGCAUUUGUCAAUUCAUUGAAUGUUCAAAAUAUUGUGAAUCUUUAUUUAAAAAAAAUAUACAUUGGGUGGCCUAUUCAUGAGCAUACAUCAGCAAUUACACAUGUUUAGGGGAAUAGGGCAUUAUUAAUAUACCAUGUAAGGUGGUAUGUGCUAGAAAUGGGUAAACCACUAUCUGUGAGUCUGUCUGGGGAGUGGGGGCACCGCCGCGCCAGCCAGUGUCCCACAUUAUCCCUCAGAAACAUACCCCCUGUCCCCCCUUGGGCUUAUUAGCAGGUGGUCACCCUACUCACUUUACCCCAUAAGACCUGUCUAGGAGCAACGAGCACGAUUGCCCUCUGUCGUCUGGGAUAGCCCAAAAUCAUCCGGUCUGAGCCUGGCUUUUUGAGGCCGGCAGUUCAAAUAACUGUUUAUUCUAUAUUAAUGUGUCCAGUGUCAUACAUUACAGAUUCAAGUCAAUGUUAUUUAUCAAGCGCUUUUUACAAUGUUGCGUUGUUUAUAUUAAGUCAUCAUUCAGUUAGGUUACUUAUGAUCCCUAACCACCAUAA